AUGGAAGCCAAAAGCCAUGUGCGGCACAGAAGUCAGCUGGCGCAGAAUACAAAACCGGCUGAAGCAACACCAGCAAUCGGUCAACGUACACGAGCACUCUCAACCUACCAACGGCCGCCAUCCCCUAAGAAAUUCUCUAAACCUCCAACGCCUACCCCUGGAGUCGAACCUCAGCCUGGGAAUCUGCUGAUUCCCUCAUCAUGGCCGGAUAUCGCAGCAUUGCAAACGGAACUUCUUCAGCUCAGUCUUUUCCAUUCCAACUCGCUACAAAGUCAUGCGGAAUGGAAAUCUGACUCCGAGUCACGUCUGCGCAAAAAGUACGACAGUGUCGCUAGCCAAUAUCGUGUAGUACUAGCAGAUGAAACGCAGCGGCAGUGUCACCUGAAUGUGCAGGCCCUAGGGCUUUGGCUUUCCAAUUGUCUCGAACAUCGCGGCCCGCACGAUUUCUCCGAGCAAAUUCAAAUUUUAUCAAGGGUUCUACAAGAUGUCUCGGACAUGAUUGCUGGCAGUCGGGGUGCACAAUACUCUCAGGCUGUGAAGUCCUUUGAAGACUGGCUUGACCAAGCGGAAAUUAUUCGCCAAAAGCGUGGGCCGGGGUGUCUUGAUGUCGGCGCCUUUAUUAACCCCCUGGGGCGAAGCUGGAGAGAAUCGUUGCAUAAUUUAAAUGUUAGGCUGGAACUCUGUGUACGCGAAUUGCAAGUCCUUGAUAUUCUAGGCUUCGGACAAGUGAAGCGCCUAGAACAGUCUGCUCUUGCUAGAGUGGCUAAGAAUCUGGUUGAAUUGAUACAGCUUAUGAUGCAGGAGAUUCGUGCUAUGCAAACAUUGGAGACAGAGGUGGUGCGCUCAGAAAGAGAUGCUGUCAGCCUUCUUGCGAUGCAGCUGGUAGGCUCCAUGAGAGAAACAAGGGCUCCCCGAAUUGGGGCAUGGAGAUGCUAG